AUGGUCGACAUAGUCCCCCUCUCCAGCUACCCAAGCUACAUCGACCUCCUCCCCUCCAUCCAAACCUGCAACAUCACCAACCUCCCCGAAAACUACUUUCUAAAAUACUACCUCUACCACGCGCUCACCUGGCCGCAACUGAGUUUCGUCGCCAUCGUCCGCCCCAAGAAUGGGUACUCCAAACACACAGCCCCGGGCGGGGCCGCAACCGCCAGCGAGCAGUAUCCGAAGGUAGUGGGGUACGUGCUGGCCAAGAUGGAAGAGGAGCCGACGGACGGAGUCGCGCAUGGACAUAUUACUUCGUUGAGUGUGAUGAGGACGCAUAGACGGUUGGGUAUUGCAGAAAGAUUGAUGAGGAUGUCUCAACGUGCUAUGGCGGAAUCACACCGCGCCCAUUACGUCUCGCUUCAUGUGCGUGUCAGCAACACCGCUGCGCUGCGGUUAUACCGCGAUACACUGGGAUUCCAGGUUGAGACUGUCGAGAGCAAGUACUAUGCCGAUGGGGAGGAUGCGUAUGCGAUGCGUAUGGAUCUGACGAAUAUGUGGAUGGACUGGGCGGAGAUCGAGCGGAAGGAUCGUCUGCGGGCGGAGAAGGAAGGUAAAGAUGCCGAUGAGGGUGAGGAGGUUGGCGAAUUGGGGACGGAGAAGGAGAAGGAGAAGAUGGUGAAGGUACGGGUCGGACGUGGAUUGGGUGUGGGAGAUUUGGUGGAGAAGAAUGAGUCGCAGACUCAGGCUUAG